AUGGAGCCGCUUACCACCCCUAACCCGGACAAAUUCUCGAGAAUGCUGGGGCUAUCUUUCAAGGGGUCGAACAUCAAUGGGAAAAUAUGGAUCUUCGUGGAGGAAGGGAUGGAUUUUGACGUGGUGGAUGACUCGGAACAGCUGUUGCAUGGGAGGUUCACCUGCCCUCGGAUCCCAGCCCCUAUUUUGAUCUCGGCCGUAUAUGCUAAAUGCACGAGAGGGGAGCGGCAUGCACUCUGGGAGAAGAUGAGGGACACUACCCAAGUAUUGGAAGGAUUGCCUUGGUUUAUUGGAGGGGACUUCAACACAAUCCUCUCCUCUCGAGAUAGGUUGGGGAGUGACACGAACCGACAGGCUGAAAUGGUGGAUUUUGCCGAGGCCAUUGAGGACUGCAGACUAUUGGACCCAGGCUAUGAUGGGUCAGAAUUCACUUGGGCUAAGAAUGGCCUCAUGGAAAGGUUGGAUAGGGUGCUGAUUAGCGAGACGACGUCCCAAAUGUUUGAUGCAAUAAGAGUCACGAACCUCCCCCGCAUUGCUUCGGAUCAUGGCCCGCUCCUGGUCAGAAGCAGGCUGCCCAACACCCACGGGGGUGGUAGAGCAUUUCGGUUCCAAAACAUGUGGGUCCGGCACGAGGGAUUUGGCGAGUUGGUGCGUGAAGAUUGGAUAGCUCCCUCGGAGGCGGAGGGCCUCCUCAACUUGAAGAUCAAGCUGGCUAGGAUCAAACAAACGUUUAAGAGGUGGAACAAAGAGAUGGAGGAAGACUUUUGGCGUCAGAAGGCUGCCCUCCGUUGGCUAGACGAUGGGGAUAAGAACACAAGGUUUUACCAAAGUUGGGUGAAGCAGAAGAAGAUUCGGCUGCGUAUCCACAAGAUCACCACUAAUGGAUGUGAACUCACGGACGACAAGGCCAUCAAAGAUUCGGCGGUCGAGUUCUUUCAAAACCUCCUUGCCCCAAGCUAA